ACAUGCAUUAAUACUUUUACAUACUCGCACUAUAAAUAGCUGCUCUGAGUUCUCUAUUUUCAUCGCAACAGUCUCACAGUUCUAAAAUUCUUUUCCCUUGCUCACAUCUUCAACUAUCAGUUUAUAAGAAAAGAUCAUGGGUCUCCAGAAGCACGAACAAGAGAUCACCUCCUCUGUCCCGGCAGAGAAGAUGUUCCAUGGCUUGAUCCUUGAUAUCGAUAACAUUCUCCCCAAGGCGGCUCCCGGAGCCUACAAGAAUGUCGAAAUCAAAGGUGAUGGUGGAGUUGGAACCAUCAAGCACAUCACUCUUCCCGAAGGUGGCCCAGUGACCACAAUGACCCUGAGAACUGACGGCCUUGACAAGAAGGGAUUCACAAUCGAUUACAGUGUCAUCGACGGAGACGUUCUGAUGGGAUUCAUUGAUAAAAUUGAAAAUCAUCUAUCAGUGGUGCCAACUGCCGAUGGAGGCAGCACCACCAAGACGACUGCCAUAUUCCACACCAAAGGAGAUGCUGUGGUGCCAGAAGAGAACAUUAAGUAUGCCGAGGAGCAGAACACAAUGCUAUUUAAGGCUGUUGAAGCCUACCUCAUUGCAAAUUAACUGCGUCUUUGUGUCAUUUUUCCAAGUCUCUGGUGUGUGUUUGGAGUGGAACUACUUUUAUGUUUUUGUCCAGGUCAUUCUUUUUUCCUGGACUUCUAUAUGUUUAGAGAUAAAUAAAGGGUCUGGACUAUGAGAUGUGUGUAAUUUUGAUAUGUGUGUAAUUUCAUCGUCUUAAACUUAUAACCUCAAGAAUAUAAAAUUAAUACAAGAUGUUUCAAUAAAUUUCGAGAAA